CCGACAUCCACCCUCGUACCUGUCGAGCUUUAACAAAUCCACCAAACAGAUCAUCGCUCGACGUCUAUCAUGGGUCUCGAAUUCGUAGUCACCCUCGUGGCGGCGCUCAUCGUCCUCAUCGUGGCCAUGUUCAUCGGGACGGCGUUCACCACGCCCUUCCACGGGGCGGUCAUCAGGUUACGUGCGAAUUAUAAUCCGAAAGGUGUCGGUUUAGAAGAAGGCCAGGAGAACAGGGUCGGGCCCACAUUGACUACCGUGCUAGGAACGCUUCAGAGGACUAAACGGGUAGAAGGAUGGGUCGGGUUAUGGAAAGGUGCCUACCCCUCGCUAUGUUACACCUCUCUGCUCUCCCUCGUAUCCAUCUUGUUUAUCGGGGCGGCGAGUACAAAGGGACCUAAGGGCGCUUAUACCGUACCGGAGGCGAGCGGGCUCAAGAUGGCGCUCUUCACCGUCGUGUUGACUUUGAUCAGCUUGCCCUUUACUGUCAUCAUCAACCGAUGCAUCAUCACUCCCUACGCCCUGCCCAUGAAGCCAACGAUCGCCAAUGCCAAGCUCUCCCUCCGCCUGCUCCUCACGCCGGACGAGUAUGCCAAGCCCUGGACGCUGUAUAUCGCACCUGGCUUGAUGGCAAGUGUCGGGAUCCACGCUAUUUGGGUAACCAUAGUAGCGAGAGGAGUCAAGUGGCUGCUGGUCUCGUACGACGAAUUAGGCAUGAUCAACAGCCCCGUCCUGUUCUGCCUUUUCCUCAUCUUUCAACUCGCCUCUUCGAUCUUCCUCACCCCGCUCGAAGUCCUUUCCACUCGACUAUCCAUCCAGAGAAACUCCUACAGUCCUUAUGCCGUCGCCUCGCAGCACGAGAGCGGGAUGGGAGCUGCAGGGGCCGUUUUGCCUGAUGGAGUUGGGUGGGCAGGGUUGGAGGAGGAUGUCAUCGGUCUGAGGCCCGAGGAGGAGCCUUAUGAAGGUUUCGUCGACGCUGCGAGGAAGAUUGUCGAAGAAGAAGGUGCCCCUGCGCUGUGGCGGGCGUGGUGGUUGACGGCACUUGGGAAUGUGCUCUCGGCGUUCUCGUAGUCUUUCUGAAAUCGAAAUCUUGCGGCAUCAGGAAAUAUACCAGUAGAGUGAAAAUCAUGUCAUUGGCAUUUAGUGGUUCAUGUGAAGAUAGCAAUUCGAUCCUGAGCAGUGACGAUACA